AUGGACAACAACCUUAGUAUUAAUGGUCCUUCAGGUGCUUCAAACAUCAACAGAGAAGUAGAUCAUGAAAUCAUCAGAGAGCAUGAGCGGCUGCUUCCAAUUGCCAACGUGGGACGGAUCAUGAAGCACAUCCUGCCGCCGAACGUGAAGAUCUCGAAGCAAUCGAAGGAGACGAUGCAAGAGUGCGUGUCGGAGUUCAUCAGCUUCAUCACGGGCGAGGCCACCGACAAGUGCCGGAAGGAGAGGCGGAAGACGGUCAACGGGGACGACGUGUGCUGGGCCUUGCAAGCCCUAGGGUUUGACGACUACGCCGGGCCUCUUAGAAGGUACUUGCAUAAGUAUAGGGAAAUGGAAGGAGAUAGGGCUAAUCAAGAAAAGGCUAAAAGUACUAAUGGUCAUCAUGAAUUAGGGAAUAAUGAUUUGAGGUUGAAUAAUAAUCAUGAUCAUGAUCUUCGAGAAUAUUUGGUCGACGGACGACGUCGUUCCGAGGAUGAUUCCGAUCGUGUUUAGUA